CCUAAACACGAAAGGAAAUGAGUAAAUGAAAUCCACACAAUUACGACAGCAACAGGAAAAACCUGAGUGAGUGCGACGAAGUGAAAGAAUGUACAAGUCGAAGCUGCAAGAGCUGUGCCAACGCUACUCGGUGGUGUUGCCGGAGUACACCUCGGUGAAGGUCGGUCCCGAUCACGACGCACGAUUCAACGUCACUGUCACCGUAAAUGGAAUUUCAUUUCAGUCGCCGCCGAAUCAGUGCCGCUCCGCUAAGGACGCUCAGAACCUCGCCUCUCGCUUUGCCUUUGAUUAUUUUACUGCCAAUCCGCCAGCGCUUCACUCGGCAACUAGGCUCCCAGAUCCGGUUCUUCAGUCUCUGUCCCCGCCUUUACAACCAUAUCCGGUUCACCUCGUCGCCGAUUCUGCCCUUCUCCCCCAUCAAUUCGGGCAAAUCCCAAAUUCAGCUUGGCUUGCUCGCCCCCAACCUGAUCUGCAGCAAACCCCUCCAUCUCUUCCACCAAAAAGCUUGAUAGAGGCUUCUACUUCAAACACAAAAGUAGGUCAAAGUAAAGAGAGCACUGCACAAGUAUCUGUUGUGACUCCAUUAUACUCUACCGAACCUGCAAAUCUGAAGGGGAUGCACAAGUCAAAGUUGCAAGAGCUAUGCCAUAAGCAGUCAUGGAAUCAGCCUGAGUACAGAACAGUGAAAGAAGGCCCUGAUCACAACCCUCAAUUUGGUGCCACAGUCAUUGUCAAUGGAAUUCCCUUCAAAACUUCAUAUAACCAUUGCCGUUCCUCCAAAGAAGCAACGGACCUUGCUGCCUGCAUUGCCUUAGAUCACUUUACUGGCUCCAAGCUAACUGUCCCCCAGCAAUCCCAGUUCCCACCAACUGCAUCCUUAUCUUCAGGUCAUACUAAAAAUGAAAUUGCAGGUCGAAACAAUGAAACAAAUUCACAAUCAUUUGAGUUCGGUUCAACACCAUUGGUUCGUAAAGAGAUUAACAAAUCUUCAGACAUACAGUAUAUGUACAAGAACCUGCUGCAGCAAUAUGCUCAGAAACAGAAUAUUACUUUACCUGAAUAUUCUUGUGAAACUGAAGGGCCAAAACAUUCUCGUCGCUUUAGAUCAAAAGUGGCUUUUGGUGGAAAAGUCUUUGAAAGCCAAGAAUUUUUCUCUACAUUGAAGGAAGCUGAACAAACAGUUGCAAAAAUUGCUCUUGAAGCAUUAUCACCUCAAGAAACUCAAAAGGGAUGUCAGGGUGCAGGUUUAUACAAGACCCUUCUACAACAACUGGAACAAAAACAGGGUGGCCUGUUUCCAGUAUACAAGACAAUCCAGUCUGGUCCAACUCAUGAUGCAACUUUUAUGGCCACAGUGGCAGUUGGUGGCGAGACAUACCAAGGACAAGUAGCUAAAAGCAAGAAGCAGGCUGAGAUGAGUGCUGCAGAAGUUGCUUAUAAUUCUCGUAUGAAGGGUACUUAUAAUGCUUCAAAGAGGCAGAAAACAUGAGCCCCUGGCACGCAUGUACAUGCCCAGUCCUCAGCCUCACCCAGUAAUAUAUCUUCUGCACCUAAUUCUCAUUCUCUGACACCACUCCAGCAUACAACUGAUCCUGCUGUGGAGUCUGUUAUUCAGAGUUCCAUCUGAAUUCUAUGCCAAGGAAAUAGAUAAGAUUGAGGUUUCACAACCCAAUCCAAAUGAGGCAGUUUCUGGUCAUGCUUCCACCUUGCCCGGCCUCUAUCCAGGCUUUGCCUGACAACCAAUCCUCCACUCCACUGACGCUAGAGCAUUUAACUUGUUCUAUUCAGGAGUUUGAUCAGAAGAGACCAGCUGUGAGGGACAUGAUUUUGGUUUAUCCAAAUGCUUCAAGUCAGGUACUUCCUGUCCCUGAGAUUGCUUCCAUCUUGCCCUGCAGCAACAACAAAUGGACGGCUGUUGGAGUAGAGCUGAAUCAGAAUGAAGGGCAGAACUAUUGUCCAUCUACAUCCUGUGUUUAAUCUCAUGUUCAUUCUGUAUGAUGUCAGGGAAUUUGUUACUGCCUUGGUUGGGGUUGGCAGUUGGUAGUUGUUGGAGUUUGUUUAACAUUCUUACCCUCUUUUGCUGGGAAAGUUGGAACUUUGUAGGUCAUAUUUAGAUGGUACAUUAAUAUUAUUUCUCGUUUUGUA